AAUGCUUCCAGAUCUUACAGAUUAUCAGGAUGAGCCAGAAGUACUUACCGGUGACCAAAAGCAAGUAUAAACUGUGAGGCAAGUCCAUCAGCCAAAAGUAAAUACAAUUAGUAAAAUAUCAAUUGGAGAGCAGAGAGACAAAUGCAAUUAGAGUAGCCAAAAGGAUCCAUCUUGGAGACAAAGUGACACAUUGCGGAAAUGAAGACUAACCAGUUGAUUUACCAAAAGGAUAAAGGGUGGUCUGAAGCAGGAGUUUUCACUGCCGGAGACACUUUGCUUUCCAGAAAUGCCUGCAGGUCGGAGUUUCAAGAAGGCAAAAAGAGAAGAGAAUACAGGAGAUGCAAAACACUGCAGGAAAAAGGAUGGAUGUCUCUUUAAGAAAAGGUUUUCAACUCUGAGUUUCUUUUCUGGACAUUCACAGAAUGUAACUUCUCAGGAAAGAAAUAUGGACUUUGAAGACAAGAAGAGAGGUUUGCAAAGGCAAGAGUCCAAGCAGCUGAAAGCACCAACGGAGGAGGUGUGUUCCUUGGGGAAGGCUCAUUCUGGAAAAAUGUGCCCCAAAUGUGAAAUCAUAGUCUGCAGAGUGUGCAACAUGCUGCAUACUGAGAGCAGCUUUAUUGCUCACAGUUUACUAGACCACUAUGACGCAGGAAGGCACUCGUCCUGCUGCUUGGAUUCUGGAUUUCCCCAAGACCACCAUGUAUGUAAGCACAGUCCAGGACCACCCUUAUCUCAUGUCAGGUCUUGUAACCUGACGACUUUAGAAACUAAAUCUGUACUGAGAUUCUCUUUAUCCUGACUUUGCAGAGGCAAAGCCAAGAGAUUUGCACAUUGUGUUAUGUGAAUGCCCUAUAGAGCAGGCAUUUAAUAGGCAGACCAGUUGUUUUCAACUGGCUCAGUGGUGUGCCCUGCCAAAGUCUGUGUCUCAGGGUUAGUUUGUAAAAUCGCCAACAAAGCACAGGGAGGAAUAUUCUCUAUGCUGCACUAAAAAUAAAUGAUUUCAGUUCUCAGCUGAAAAAAGAAUAGGGUUACAUUAACACAGAACUUGGCAAGUCAAGCUUGUUCUGUAAAACAUUCAGUGUGAUUUGUGAUCUGAUGUCAAACUUUUUCAUUGCUGUUCUGGGAUAUUAAAGUUUUAUUAAAGUUUUAAACAAUCACUAAA